AUGGAUCGCGAAACGAUAACAAGUUUUAUCGAAAGAUAUAAAUCCCACUCUUGUCUGUGGGACGUCUCAAGUCCUGAUUAUAUGAAUAAGAAUAAAAGUAUUAAUGCAUUGCAAGAUAUGGUGCCCAUUUUAGGGGAAAGUGCAACGAUUGAUAGCGUUCGAAACGGUUAUCACAGAGAACAUAAGAAAGUUAAUGCCAGCUUGUCUACGGGCAUUUCCGCAGAUAAUGUCUAUACGCCAACACUGUGGUACUAUGAUUUGAUGUCUUUUUUAUCAUCACAAGAAGCAUCUAGACCUGGGAUCGAUGGCCUUGCCGACCCGGAGAGGGCAACACCUAGUGAAGGUAUAAGCAGAAGAAAAAGAGCAAGCACGAAAGUUCAAGAAGAGUUAGUAAAUGUUGCCAAAAAGUUAUUGACCGAAGACAACCCUAAAAAUGCUCCGGGUCGGGACAUGACAUUUGUAUUAUAUCUAAAUAAUCAACUCCAAAACCUGUCACACGAUCAGAAAAUUUAUGCAGAAAAACUAAUGUCAGAUGUUUUGUUUUUGGCAAGAACAAACCAAUUAAAUGCUACUUCACGUAUCUUCACGCGUCCAUCCUCUCAAACAACCACAACAUUAAAUGAAUACUCUUCAUCACCUAUUCAAUUUGUCAACUCACCUUCACCAUACGCAGAAAAUGUGCGUUCACCUCCAAACAUCCAGCGACCGAUUUCUCAAAAUUCAGCACAUUCUGCUUCACCUAUUUGCCAUAACUCGCCAUACAGUGAAGACUUGCCUUCAUCCCCAAACAUUCAAACUUCAUCUCCGAUCACAAUUAUCAAACGACCGGCUUCUCAAAACUUAACAUACUUUUCCACACCGAUCCAAUAUUCUUCUACAUCAAAAGGUUGCAUUGAAACUCAAUUGUCUCAUAUACCAUCUUCUCAGACGGUCCUUUCGGCGAAUUCUUUGACCCAGUAUCAAGAUACAUCACAAGAAUUACCAAACACGCAAUUUUCUUCAAUUCCAAUAAUUCUUGAUAAUGAAACUGAAAAUUCUACUCCAGUACACACAGAACAGCUAAACAAAUUUCUGGUUUUUAGAAAGAAA